UGCGGAUCAAGGGCAACAUGUCCACAACUAAUGCCUGGAAUGGCUCAUCAGUGACCAUGUUCAUCCUUCUGGGAUUUGCAGACCAUCCAGAGCUCCAGGCCGUCCUCUUUGUCACUUUCCUAGGUAUCUAUCUUGUGACCCUGGCCUGGAACCUAGCCCUCAUCUUUCUCAUCAGAGGUGACACCCGUCUGCACACACCCAUGUACUUCUUCCUCAGCAACUUGUCCUUCAUUGACAUCUGCUACUCUUCCACAGUGGCUCCCAAGAUGCUCAUUGACUUCUUCCAGAAGCAGAAGACCAUAUCCUUCUUGGGAUGCGCUGCUCAGUUCUUUUUCUUUGUCGGCCUGGGUCUGACUGAGUGCCUCCUCCUGACGGCUAUGGCGUAUGACCGCUAUGCAGCCCUCUCCAUGCCCCUGCUGUACACAGCCAUCAUGUCCCCGGGCCUCUGUACACGCAUGGUGGUUGGGGCCUAUGUCGGUGGCUUCCUAAGCUCCCUGAUCCAGGCCAGCUCUAUAUUUCAACUCCACUUCUGCGGACCCAACAUCAUAAACCAUUUCUUCUGUGACCUCCCACCAGUCCUGGCGCUUUCUUGCUCUGACACGUUCCUCAGCCAAGUAGUGAAUUUCCUGGUGGUGGUCACUGUUGGGGGGACAUCACUCUGCAUCCUCCUCAUCUCCUACAGUUACAUCGUAGCUGCCGUCUUGAAGAUCCGCUCAGUGGAAGGUCGAAGGAAAGCCUUCAGCACAUGUGCCUCGCACCUGAUGGUGGUGACUCUGUUGUUUGGGACGGCCCUUUUCAUGUAUCUGCGACCCAGCUCCAGCUACUCAUUCGGCAAGGACAAGGUGGUGUCUGUGUUCUAUUCGCUGGUGAUCCCCAUGCUGAACCCUCUCAUCUACAGUUUGAGGAACAAAGAGAUCAAAAAUGCCCUGUGGAAGGUGUUGGGGAAGAAGAAAAUGUUUCUCUAGUUCAUGGUUGAAAAACAUAUUUCUCCAAACUGCCUGAGAUGUAAAUGACCCAUAGUAUCUACCUCCACUU